GAAGAAAUCGGGCGCUAAGGCGCUCAGAAGGAUUCCGAGGGUGAGCAGCCCCGCUGAGGACGCGGCAGGGAGGGGUCUAGAGGAGACAAGGCGCGGGAAGGUGCAGGUCGUUGAGACCGAGUGUCGUGGGAACCGAGAGGCCAGAAGGACAGGACCUGCCAGACGAGUACAUCCAGGGCUGGCCUCCAUCCACCGCGUGACGGGUGCCAUCCUCGGGUCCGCCAUCCCCGCGCCGUCGCCGCCGAGCUCGACCUCCAAAAACAGCGGAAAGAAUCACAUGAGCUCGGUCCUCGUCCCUCUCUACCCUCAACGACGUAAAAGGACACCGUGGCCCUCAGCCUCGCGACGCCCGGGAAGCUGGGAGAGAGACCUCCGUCCCGCGGCCUGCAGAGCGGACCCUUCGCGGAGACCCGAGAGCCUCUGGAUCCCAGGAUCCCUCGCCUAUUCCUUCCGCCGCUCUGCUCUUGGGCUGUGCACGUGUCCUGUGCGUGCAGGAUCUCGGCCUAGAAGAGGGCCAUGCAGCUGGAGAUCAAAGUGGCCCUCAACUUCAUCAUCUCCUACUUAUACAACAAGCUGCCCCGCCGCAGGGCAGACCUGUUUGGGGAGGAGCUAGAGCGGCUUCUGAGAAAGAAAUAUGAGGGCCACUGGUACCCGGAGAAGCCGUUGAAGGGUUCUGGCUUCCGCUGUGUCCACAUUGGGGAAGUGGUAGACCCUGUGGUGGAGCUGGCUGCCAAGCGGAGCGGCCUAGCCGUAGAGGAUGUGCGUGCCAACGUGCCCGAAGAGCUGAGUGUCUGGAUUGACCCUUUCGAGGUAUCCUACCAGAUUGGCGAGAAGGGAGUCGUGAAGGUCCUGUACCUGGGUGACAGUGAGGCGGGUGGUACCCCAGAGCUGGACAAAGAGAUCAAGAGCAGCUUCAACCCUGACGCCCAGGUGUUUGUGCCCAUCGGCAGCCAGGACAGCUCUCUGUCCAGCUCUCCCUCGCCGUCCUUUGGCCAGUCACCCAGCCCCACCUUCAUCCCCCGGUCUGCCCAGCCCAUCACCUUCACUACUGCCUCUUUUGCUGCCACCAAAUUUGGUUCCACUAAGAUGAAGAAGGGUGGUGGGGCAUCUAGCGGUGUGAGUGUGGGUGGCAGCGGGACGGGUGGCCAGCAGCCGCCGCCACAGCAGCCUCACAUGGCCCGCUCACCCACAAAGAACCUGCUGAAACACAAGAGCCUCUCUCUGUCUAUGCAUUCACUGAACUUCAUCCCAGCCACUCCGGCCCCCCAGUCCCAGCUCUCCCCCAAUGCCAAGGAGUUUGUGUACAAUGGUGGCGGCUCACCCAGCCUCUUCUUCGAUGGGGUGGACGGCCCGAGCACCAGCACCGCGGCCCCCUUCGGGAGUGGUGGAGCCAGCACUUGCAACAGCAGCAGCUUUGAUGUGUCCCAGGUGUUCGGAGGCGGUGCUAACAGCCUGUUCUUGGAGAAAUCACCCUUUGUGGAAGGCCUCAGCUACAACCUGAAUACCAUGCAGUAUCCCAACCAGCCCUUCCAGCCUGUCGUGCUGGCCAACUGACCGUCUUCCCAUCUGCCAGGCCAGGAGCACACACGACCGCAGGCAAGUGAACGGAAAGGCCCAAACGCAAGAGGGAAAGAAAACUGUACAGAAAGAUUCCAGUCUUCUCAUUCUCCCAGCUAGGAAAAGGAUUCACCCAGGCACAGAGUAAGAGGGGCUCCCGAAGCAACAAGUGUUGGACUCGGCCCCUGACUAUUCUGCCUGCCUCUGAUUUCAUUUGGUUGGUUUGGAUUUUGUAAUUUUUUUUUUUUACAUGUAGUUUUCUAUAUGACAACUUUAAUUAGUGGUUUCCUGUGCUAAGAGUGGUCCAGAUGUGAAUUGCUGCUCCCUACUCCCUCCCUCACGCCCCUUUGGGAUCAGUGUGUUGAGGCUCACCGGGAAGGAAGAGCUGAAACAGGGAGAGGCUGACCCCGUGUCCACAAACCCCAACUAGCUGUCUUCUCAGGGCCUGCCACCCAAAUAAGUCUGGCCCUAGCCUCAACUCUCUCUCAGGCUGGGCCACAGGAAGCUGCUGACUGGCCACUUGACACCCUCCCCCUAAAGCUAAUGUCUGUGACUAUAGGGAGGUUAGCACUUUUUCUAAUUGAAAUUCUUCUCUGUCCUGUGGCCCCAUCCCUCACCCGCUCUUGGCCUGGACCAGAUAUAUGCAGCCUCUUUCUCCAGCACAGCUUUUCCCUGAGCCUGAGGAUAGGGCAGAGUUUAGAGGGUGGGGUAAGUGUAUGUUUUCAUGUAUGCAUUCAUGCCUGUGAGUGUGUGGCUUGCUGUCGUGUCCUCCGGGAUCCCAAGCCACGCGGAUCUUCCCUCUGUAGUUGGGUCCUGGGUUCUAUCACGUGCUUAUUUAUGUACAAGGUUGGGGGGUGGACCCAGGGUGGGUUGAUUGUCUCUUUGUAAGGAAGUAUGUGGGGGGGGGGGUGACACGAGGCUAAGCCUGAGAAACCCCAGGUGACAGCACUGCAUAAGAAACUGGUUUCCCAGACUGCAGAGGGAGCUGCACUUGUUUUGACCAAAACCAAAAAAACAAAACAAAACAAAAACAAAAAUAACUCUGAAGGGCGGGAGGAAUCCCCAAGCCUGAUGCCUGAGAGGAGUCCCUAGACUUCAGCAACUCCGCUGCGUGGCCUGAGCCCAGCGGAGGGAUGGGGAGAGAAUUUGGAGUCCGUGCCUGUGGUGGGCAAUCCUGAGCCUUCAGUUGAGGCAGUGCUUUUUGGUUGUAGGUGUAAAUGCAUUUGCACCCAUCUGCAACUUCUUGGUUCCUAUCUCCUGCCAUACUUUGUCUGCCCUCACCUAGCACUACUUGACCUUGAGGCUCUGAGAUAUCUCCUGGGCAGAGGAGAAGCUCCUGCACCAGAAAGCACCAAAGCCCCUGGCACCCAUCUUACUCCACUCUCCCCAGGGACUCCCAGGUGGGAACUGCUGUGGCAGUGAGCUCAGCCCGGACAGACACUGCCAACCCUGUCUCCUGGCACUGGGCUACAGCUCUACCUCCCCAAGCAGGGCGAGGCCCCGCCUUCUCAGCCUAGCACCACCUGUCCCUGAGUCUUCUCCAGCUUGCCCAUCAUUCUCAGUGCCCACACAGGUGACAGUCCCAGGUAGAUAACCUCCAUGGGACAAUUUGGGUGUUGCCUUACCCCCCUGCCCAGCCCCUCCUCCCACAGGAACACAGGUACCGCCUGCACCCAAGACAGCUUCUUUUCUCACACAUGGGGAGACUGGAGCCAAGCCCCUUGUGUCUUUUGAAAUAGGAAGAAAAAUGAGUGUUCAGGAACAUGACUCCUGGACUGGGCUCUUGGGCCCAGUUCAGUGUCUCAUCGCAAAUCUAGGCAUUUUUGCUUCUAUUUUAUUUAAUUUUUUUUUAAAUGAAAAAAAAAAAAAGAAAGAAAGAAAACUGCACUAAUUUACCUGGUUUCGUAGAAGAACUUUUUUUUUAUUUUUUACAUUUUUUGGUGUCCGUUUGUAUUGAAUAAUUUGCUACAUUUGUAAAAUGUAAGAGGUAUAUAAAUAAUAUAUGUAUAUUUCUAAUGUAAGAAACGUAAUUUUUUUCUUUUCAAGAUUUUUUCUUAAAAAGAGGAGAGAAACCAAUAUUUUUUCAGGAAAAACAAACUUUAAAAAAUAGGAACAUAGAACCUUCUCCACCCCUUUCCCCAUCCUCUCUAUCCCUCUCACCCAGGAGCAAAACAAAGGUGGAUAAGCUUGUCAAGAAUGUCAGCUGUCAGUCAAGCUGUCUCUGUCUUGAUGCUGUAGUCUCUAGAGCUCCCCCUAGAGAUGGGAGCAGGCACUGAAGCAGCCAUAGAGAGGAGCCCGGGAGCGGGGCGACCUUUUUUUCUCUAGCGAAGGAAGAAUGCAGUCAAGACAUUUUGUAUUCAGAACAUUGUGCAAUAUUUUGGAAUGAGACAUUGGUGUGUUUAGAGAUUUAGUUUCAAAACAAAGAUUGAUCAAAUCUGUACAGUUUAUAUUGUUCCAGAUUUUUUUAAGUUUGUAUUAAAAGCAUGAUAUAUAAUAGC